UUUUGCAAGGAGUGGCCACAAUGUCGUACAUCUACACAAUCGGGUGUUAUGCAGAGCGUUUGGCCUAUAGAUUAAAACAUUGUGUAUUUGCCAAUAUUUUAAAACGCGAAACCGCCUUCUUUGACUUGAACAGAUCGGGUGAACUAUUCCUCGAAGAAGGGGAAUGGCCUGGCGGAGGACGUGUCAUCCCCCCUUACGAACUACACGGUAAUAUCACCAUGAACCACGUCGCUUUCUCCUACCCGAGCAGGAAUGAGGCAGUGUUUGAAAAUCUGUCUUUGAAUAUUCCUGCGGGGAGUGUGGUGGCCUUGGUGGGGGAGUCAGGGGGAGGCAAAUCAACCAUCGUCAGUCUAAUCGAACGUCUAUACGACGUGGACAGUGGUUCUGUGACUCUCGACGGCUGUGAUAUCAAGGAUUUGGACCUAAAGUGGCUGCGGGGACAAGUCAUUGGAUAUGAGCCAUGUCUUUUCGCUACUUCUAUUUUUGAGAACAUUCGUUUCGGAAACCCAUCAGCAACUGAUUUGCAGGUCGUCCAGGCUGCCCAAAUGGCGGAUGCCCACGAAUUCAUAACCGCAUUCCCCAAUGGGUACUCCACAAUGGUCGGGGAGGAGGGUCAUUUCCUUUCCGGGGGACAAAAGCAGCGGAUUGCGAUUGCACGUGCACUCAUUAAGAACCCCUCUGUCCUUAUAUUCGACGAAGCAACCAGUGCUCUCGAUUCUGAGGCAGAGAAGGCGAUUUUCAAGUCGAUUGAGAAUAUUUCUGCAGGUCUGUAAAUUGUGCUAUUAGAAGGGAGGACUGUUAUUGUAGUCGCCCAUAGACUAAGCACGAUAAAGAACUCUGAUAUGAUCUACGUUGUCGGGGAGGGUCGUGUCGUCGAGGUUGCCACGGUGGAUAUGUUUUAGGCAGGGACUCACGGAGAGUUGAUGGCCCAAAAUGGAAUAUACCGACGACUGGUUCAA